AUGACGUCCGGCACGGCGACGAGCUUGGUCACGAACUGCGUGAAGACGGUCGGGGUCAUGAUGCCCGUCUUGUCGAAGAAGAUGCCCAUGCCCUUGAUGCGCGAGAGCUGGUCGCCGCCCCACUUGUCGGUGAGUCGAAGCGUCGCGGACCCGAUGCUCGCUGCUGCUGCUGCUGCUGCUGCUGCUCCCCCCGCCGCCAGUGGUGACUGGUCCUGCGAGUUGACGGAGCUGACGUCUACGGCCGUCUUGUCGUCGUCCGCGUCGAGCUUGCGGCUGGGCUCGACGGUCACCAGCGUCCCGGGCCUGAAGCGGUCCUCGGCCUCGGCGCGCCACUGGUUCUCCUUGCCGAACCUCCAGAGCAAAAAGAGCGCGGCCAGCAGGCCACUGACGAGCAGCGUGAGCCAGGCGCCCUCGGGGACCUUGAUGAGCGACGAGCUCAGGAACAGGCCGUCGAGCGUGGAGAACAUGAGCCAGGGCAGGAAGACGAAGAAAGGGUUGAUGCGCCAGACGAUGAGUGCCACCAGCGUCACCAUGCACGUGUCGAAGAAGCCUCGUCGUGUCGCGGUAGACGGCCGUCACCAGCACGGCGCCGGCCAUGAGCAGCCAGUUGAGGAAGGGCACGUAGACUUGGCCGUGGAAGGUGCUCGACGUGUGCACGAUCUUGACCUGUGGGCAGUACGAGAGCUUCAUGAGCUGGCUGACGAGCUGGAACGUCGCCGUGAUGAUGGCCUGGCUGGCCACGAUGGCCGCGAGCACCGCGAGUAUGAGGCUGGGGUACAGCAUCCCCGGCGGCACCGUGUUGUAGAAGGGGUUCGAGAAGGCCUCGGGCUUCACGCUGAGGAAGGCCGCCUGGCCCGAGUAGCCGAUCAGCAGGCAUGGCCAGCUGAGUCGGAUAGCGCCGAGACUAAAGGCGCCCAGGUCGGCAAACAGGGCCUCGACACCGGUGAAGGCGAGCAGGACGCCGCCCAGCAUCCUCCAGCCCUCGGUCUUGUAGUCGACGAAGAACUUGAUGGCAAAGUAGGGGCUGAAGGCCCGGAGCACCGUCCAGUCGUAGUGUAUGAGGUUGUAGAUGCCAAAGCCCAAGUUGAACCCCAGCCAGAGGAUCACUAUAGGUGCGAAUCCCGACGCAAGCUUGGAGGUGCCGAGGGGCUGGAUGGCAAAGAGCAGCACGAUGAUGGCGCACGUCGUUCCCACCACGACCGGGUUCGAGAUGUCCGGGUUCACGACAGUCAGUCCCUGCACCGCGCCCAGAACAGACUGUGCCGGCGUGAGCACGCCGUCCGCCAUCACCAUGGACACCGACAUGACGGCGAUUGCCUUGAGGAGGCCGCGGACAAAGGUGCUCUUCUCGAGAGUACGCCGGAUGCGGUUAGUGCCAGAGUCAAGAUCCAUGGUCUUGUGGCGCUCAACGCGCACGAGGUGUUGUUCACGAGGGUCGCGUUCAAAAGCGGCAGUCGUGCGAAACCAGGAAAACGCGGUGACGAGGAAAACGAUCGCCCCGGUUUUAGCGGCCUCCCAGUCUAG